UUUUGAAUUUUUUUUUUAAAUUUUGAAGGAGCUUGAAUAGAGAUUUGAGAAAUGGCAGGAGGUGCCACCCAUGGAGCAAGAGAGCUCGAUCGGACGCCGACAUGGGCUGUCUCUGCAGUUUGUGCAGGAAUCAUUGUGAUCUCUAUCAUCCUGGAGAAAGUUCUUCACCUUAUUGGGGAGUUUUUUCAAGAAAGGAAGAAAAAAGCUCUAUUUGAAGCUCUUGAGAAAGUUAAAAAUGAGCUUAUGGUUUUAGGGUUCAUAUCCCUACUUCUGACAUUCGGACAAAACUACAUUUCCAAAUUCUGUAUUCCCACAAGAUUUGCAGAUACUAUGUUACCAUGUCCACCCCAUGACCAUCCUGCUGCUGACUUGCAUGAAUAUGGCAAUGUACCUUCUGGGGGUAAAGAGGAACAUCAUCGUAGGCUUUUAUGGUUCGAACGUAGAUCUUUGGCUGGUGGUGCUCCAUCUGUAGGCUGCAAGGAGGGGCACUUACCCCUUAUUUCAGUGAACGGGUUGCACCAGUUGCACAUCUUCAUAUUCUUUUUGGCCGUGUUUCAUGUGAUAUACAGUUGCAUAACAAUGGGUCUUGGAAAACUAAAGAUCCGUGGAUGGAAGGACUGGGAAAAAGAGACCAUGAGAAAUCAUGAAAUGAUGAAUGAUCCUGCAAGAUUCAGGCUUACUCAUGAGACUUCAUUUGUAAAAGGUCACAAUAGUUUCUGGACGAAAACACCUGCGCUGUUUUAUAUUGUAUGCUUCCUGCGGCAGUUCUCCAGGUCUGUUAGAAGGGCCGAUUAUUUAACAAUGCGACAUGGAUUCAUUUCUGUUCACUUAGCACCUGGAAGUAAGUUCGAUUUCCAAAAAUAUAUUAAAAGGUCAUUGGAAGACGAUUUCAAAGUGGUCGUUGGAAUCAGUCCACUAUUAUGGGCUUCUGUGGUGUUAUUUCUGCUCGUAAACGUCGAUGGAUGGCAGGCAAUGCUGUGGAUAUCGAUACUUCCUCUAGUGGUAACUUUAGCAGUUGGGACAAAGCUCCAAGCUAUUAUAGCACAAAUGGCACUUGAAAUCCAAGAAAAACAUGCUGUCGUCCAAGGAAUACCUCUCGUUCAAGUCUCUGACCGACAUUUUUGGUUCAGUUGGCCUCCGUUAGUCCUUUAUCUCAUCCAUUUUGUCCUCUUUCAGAAUGCAUUCGAGAUAACAUAUUUCUUUUGGAUAUGGUAUGAGUUUGGAUUGGAAUCCUGCUUUCACUCCAACUUUACUUAUGUGAUUGUUAGAGUUUGUCUCGGGAUUGGAGCUCAAUUUCUAUGCAGCUACAGCACACUUCCUCUAUAUGCCCUUGUCACUCAGAUGGGAUCAACCAUGAAGAGGUCAGUUUUUGAUGAACAGACAUCUAAGGCCUUAAAGCAAUGGCACCAAAAGGCUGCAAAGAAAAAGACUGAAGAAGGUUCAGAAAUGCGGACUAGGGUUCUUGGUGGGAGCCCGGGGGACUCACUGGUGAAUUCUCCGGCGAAUCAUAGGCGUCCGAAUUCAACUAAUGUUGGUGUUGAACUGUCUGAUAUUGAUGCACAUACAACAUCACCUCAUCGGACAGCAAACAUUGUCGCCAGUGUGGAUCUUCAUGGGGAUCAACAGCGCCAGCGCAACGAUAACAAUGGAUUCCCAGACCUAUUAUCUGGACCUUGAUUCACUGAGCAUCACAGUUUUGUUGUAGUUUCAUACUUUGGUGAAGCACAAGAUCAAAUGAUCCGUGUUGUAAUAUUUUGGCUAGCU